AUGAUUUGGGAACGAUGUGGAGAUUACCUUUACCUUAAUAUUACUAACAUCACCUACAAUCUACCAGAAAUUUUGUCUAAAAGAGAUAUUUUAGCUACUACACACAAAAUAUUCGACCCUUUAGGAAUAGCUUGCCCCGUAACUCUUGUGCCGAAACUUUUACUUCAGCACCUAUGGGAAGUUAAGUUAUCUUGGGACCAAGAAGUUGAUUCAAAUUCAAAAUCACAAUUUUGUAAAUGGUUGAAUGAUUUGCAGUGUCUGGAAAGAAUGAGAAUACCAAGAUGGUUAAACUGUGAUCGUGAGAUUGAAAAUAUCUCACUUCAUUUCUUCAGUGAUGCGAGUAAACUUGCAUAUUCAGCUGUGGCCUUUUGUUCGAGUACAAACAAGAGAUUUCGGUUUCAAGUUCAUUUGGUGCAAGCUAAAGCGAGAGUUGCACCCAGCGGAAGGAAAAAGACAACAAUAGCUCGAUUGGAACUUCUUGGAGCUACAAUAUGUGCACGUUUAGCAUCCAGCAUAAUACCUGAAUUUCAAGCUGAUGAUAUUUAUUUUUGGACAGAUUCGUCUACUGUGCUAGCUUGGAUACAGAGAAAUGAAGUAUGGGACGUAUUUGUUCACAACAGAAUUAAGGAAAUAAAAUGGUGGGAAGGCCCUAAAUGGCUAUAUUUAUCACCAGAAAAAUGGCCAAAAGAAGAUUUUAGUGCUGAUGAAGAAGAAAUAGCUCUUGAGAAAAAGAAAAGGAUUAUUUCGUCCUUAAUAAAUCUUAAUGCUAGUGAAAUAGUUGCUACUAGAUUCUCAAGUUAUCGUAAGACAAUCAGACUGGUAGCGUGGAUGUGUCGUUUUGUUUACAAGAAAAACUGUAAACAUCAAAACAAGAAAAAGGAUGAACUUACUGUAUCUGAGUUAAAUGAAGCAGAGAAUAUCUUGAUUUGUUUAAUACAAAAUGAAUCCUUUAAUGGAACAGAAGAUAAACAGAAUUUAAGUCUUAAUCCAUUCAUUGAUUGUGGGAUCAUCAGAACUAAAACAGCAAUAUUUCAAAGAGAAGAUACAUCUGAGUUCAGAACUCCUGCUAUUUUGCUAAGUGAUCAUCCUCUUAUAAAAAGUUUAAUAAGUUGA